AUGCCUUUAGCUUCUUCAGCACUUGUUAUUGGAAGAUGGGACUUUGGCGACGUCGUAUGCGAAAUUCAAGGCUUUGUUGAUGUUUUCACCACAUACGUGACCUCAGCAACCCUUGGUUUGACAGCAAUCAACCGCGAUGUGAAAAUUGUGAAGACGGCGAAACAUAAGAAAUAUUUUUCGCCCCUCAGAUCCAAAAUUUGGUUGUUUUGCUUUUGGACUUUUCUUGUGCUUUACCUUUUGACUGGUCGAACGACAAAUUUUCUCAGUUUUGAAUUCGUACCUGGCUUUGACGUGUGCACCCUUGGUUUCGCAAAUCAGAGGGUUCGAGUCGUUCAUUUUUGCAUAACAAUUGGAUUGUUUUUCGUUGUACCGCUAUGCAGUGGUAUAUUCAGCUACUGCAAG